CCGGCCAAGCGGAAGUGGUUAUUGUUGCGGUCUUUACCAACGUUAGUAUGUGGGAAAUGAGGGCUGCUAUAUUUAUAAAAAACAGCUAGCUCUGUUAAAAAUCGUAUUCCAUUUCAUUAGGAAUAUUUGAUGUUUCGUUAUUAUCAUUUCCCCUGAACUAACCGCUAGCUUGUUAGCAUCAGCAGCCAUGCCGUCCUAUUCUGAAUUAAGGAAAACAAACCACUUCUACUACUUCAUCAAAUUCACCUUAAAUAUCUACUCAAUGCUGUUUUCGCUGAUGGGCCUCUGUGUUCUCUGUGUGGGGGUCUACGCUGAAGUGGAGCGGCAGAAGAACCGGACCCUGGAGGGCCUGUUUCUGGCCCCCGCCGUGGUGCUCAUCCUGCUGGGCCUGGUGAUGUUCACCGUGUCCGUGGUGGGCAUGGUGGGCUCCCUGAGGGACAACAAGACCCUGCUGCACAUGUUCCUCUGUGUCCUCUGUGUGUUGCUGCUCCUCCAGGCCAUCGGGCUCACCCUGGCUCUCAUCUUUGAAAACAAGACGUCGGCCCUGUUUCAGAGCAGUAUACGAGAAGGAAUCAAACACUACUACGAUGAUCUGGACUUCAAGAACAUCCUGGACUACAUGCAGGAAAAGUUCUCCUGCUGUGGGGGGGACGAGUAUAAGGACUGGGGGGUGAACCAGUACCAUUUCUGUAAUGGUACUGGUCCUCUGGCCUGUGGGGUCCCUUAUACCUGCUGUGUCCGCAAAAAGGUCGGAGAGGUCAUCAACACUCUGUGUGGCUACAAGACUCUGGAUCAACAGCAUCAGCGUGAAACCCUUCAUGAGUUGAUCCACGUGCGCGGCUGCAUCCACGCAGUCAACCUGUGGAUGAGCGACAACGUGGGAAUAACGACGGCUCUCUCCUGCGCCAUCGGCCUGCCGCAGCUGCUUGGCAUCAUCCUGAGCUGCGUCUUCUGGAACCUGCUGGUGGACAUGAGCGAGUCUACGGACAUGGUGGACUUCAAGCUGAAGAAGAAGGAUGUGGAGUACACCGAGCUGGAUCUGGCGGGCGCCGGGUGGUGCAUGUGUCUGCCGAGGGACGGAGGAUACCUGCCCGUCCCCGUCGUCGAACCCGACCUCGACCCCAUCGAUGUUCACCUGCAGAAGCUGAAGAAGCAGCCGCCGCGCACCCACUCUCAGCUCCAGAUGAUGCGCUCCGCCUCGGGUUUGGACGAGCUGGACGGCGGGCGGAAGCAGAAACGGGAACACUGAGCGCCAUUUUCUGGGUUUUUCACCUUUUUUUCCGUGGUUGUAAUCAUUGUUGGAGUUGUGUUGCACUAACUUAUGGGUUUCCGUCAUUGGAUCAAGCUUAAUGGGAUCAAAGGUACUCAUUGGCUUUAAAAAAAAAAUGUUUUAAUUCUUCUUGUUUGUAGCGGUUGAUAUUUAAAGUUUUAUGGCAUUAUAUCACUUUUAAUUUAUUUUCUUUAUGGUGCGUUCACAGUGGAUGAAAGGCGAUUUUUUUGCGUUGCACAAUUUUGAUUUGGAGUUGUGUUGCACUAACUUAUCCGUUUCCGUCAUUGGAUCAAGCUUAAAAGGGAUCAAAAGUACUCUGAAUAUGUUUACAAGAAAAAAAAAGAAUCAAGAAGCAACAUGCAACAUUGGCUUUUAAAAAAAAAUGUUUAGAUUGUUCUUGUUUGUAGCGGUUGAUAUUUCAAGUUUAUGGCAUUAUAUCACUUUAGAUUUAUUUUCUUUAUGUUGCGUUCACACCGGAUGCAAGGCGGAUUUUUUGCGUGGCACAAUUACAUAUAAAUUCAAUGCAAAGACACAAAUGUGACAAAGUCGCUGCUUUAUUUCAAGUCACACGUUAUUUUUAUUUUGGACAGAGAUGCUACAAUGCUAGCUUAGCUUAGCCCUGAACCAUCCGAUAUCCAUUCAGAAAACAAGCAUUUAAAAAAAAAAUGUUUAGCUCUCUUGCAAGCAGAACAGAUUACUGUUCAAUUUCUUUUUACUAAUCGGUAUCUUAAUUUUGCUAUUUCGACUUCCCAAUUAAUCCGUUUUUUGCAAUUAAAUCACUGCAAAAUAUCUUUAAUAUUCGGCUCAUACCAUUGUAGUAAAUAAUAUUGAUUCAGCCACUUAUGACUUGCUAGAGAAAGUGAAUACGUUUCUGUGUCAUUAAAACAACGGUCGCUAGCAAGUGAUUCCAAAAGACAUGCUAGCCGCUGUUAGCAUGCUAACAUGAUCACAAUGAAGGAGAUCAUGUUCUUAGCUUAGCGUGUUAGCAUGCUAUAAACGGCUAUAUGAAGUACUCCAGAAAUAAAUACAAAAAUAUUUUUGGGAUAUAGAGAUAGAUAAUGCUGGUCCAGCUUUGAACCUUAACGGUUAUUAACACCUGUCAUGAAUCUGCAAAAGAAAAAUAAGAAGAGAACACUUGAAACCGGGAAUGAGUCAGCAUUUUUGCAAUUCAUCUAAAGGUCAAUGUUUAUUUGGAUGUGUUGUUGGUUACACGUAUAAAAUAAAGUUUGUGGUUAACACAAGCUGAAGAGAUUUAAAGUAAAGACUCCACUUGGACAUUUUGAAGCCUUUAAAUGUCUUUAAAAAAGGGUUUAAAUUAGAUUACAAGACGUCAUCACGCCGAACAUUAGCCACUGUUAGCUUAACGUGAUGACAGUAAGUAAUGUGACCGUGCUGUAGUUCCUUUAUAGCCCAACAUUAGCCGCCGUUAGCUUAGCAUGUGACAGUGCUGUAGUUCCUUUAUAGCCGUAUAACAUUAACUUUUUCUGGCGAUUCAAUUUACAAUUGCAGGUUAGUAGCUUUUGAUGAUUUUAUUGCAAUGAAAUCACGGCAAAAUCUGUUAAAAUGUGGUUUAUACCAAAGAAGAAAAAGAUUUGGGUACAGGUCAUUGGUACAGGUCAGUGAAAUGUUUAUAGAUAUGUGUUCCUUCAGAUGAACACCCAGUCAAAAGGUCAUUUGGUUUCUUUCCAUAUCUGGGACUUUCACAACAUUCGGCCGUGGAAGAUGAAAAAUGGCUGGUUUCUAAAUGGAAGUAAGCCCCGCCUUAACGCGAUCAAUUUAUUUUAAGAAACACUAGCUUAGCGUCCGCUGUGAACGCACCAUUAGCCUUUGAAAUUGAGCGAUGUCUCACGUGCUAAAGCUUACCUCAGGCUGUUUUGACAUCAGCCCAGAAGUCCGAGGACAGUACUAUUUGGUGUGUAAAUUAAUGGUAGCUUGAAAAGAUGUUCUUCAGUGUCGGAGAAAUAGGAAUAGCCAAGUAUGUCUUGCGUGUAGCGUCUGUGACGGAUGUAUACAGUUUGUGUAUUAUUUAUUUUAAUUUGUUCUCAUUUGAUUUUGUGCAAUCAGUGUACAUUGUAAGACUGGUAGUUGUGAAAUAACAUGGGAUGCAUGUUUUGUACUGUAUAUAAAGUAAGCUAAUAAAAAAAAAGAACAAAAAAACUCAUGUAAGGCUCUCAUCAGGGGGGCUUCAGUCUAUUCCAUUUUUAAACUGAACUUUUUAUUAUAUCUUUUAAUGGGAUUACCCAGACUACAGAUCCAGUGGAAAGUCUCUCAAUGACGGUUUUUUGUACCUGAGUUAUGCACUGUUUUGAGCUUCCCCCUAGCUCCUGCCUUGUAUCAGCACUACUGUUCUUGUCAAUAAAUGAAUUUGUCUACUGA